ACACCCUCCCCCCCCCCCCACCGCCACCAACCAAAGCUGCAAAAGCCAAAGAUGGAAGAGCCUGUGGAAGAGUUCUCGGUUGUCAUCAUCGGUGCUGGCUCUGGAGGCCUCACAGCCGCAGACUUUGCUGCGCACCUUGGCGCUAAGACGGCCCUGGUGGAGGCAAACCGCCUUGGAGGCGAUUGCACAUGGACAGGGUGCGUGCCCAGCAAGGCACUGAUCAAGGUGGCGAAAGUGGCACACACGGUCCGCCACGCCGCAGACUAUGGCAUCGAGGGCGUGCCUGACCCUGCAAGCGUAAAGGCUGACAUGAAGCAAGUGCACGACCGCGUGCACGCCAUCAUCAACAAAGUGUAUGAGCAGGAGAGCCCAGAGGUGUGGGAGAAGCGUGGCGUGCGCGUGUUCAUGGGCAAGGCCGAGUUUAUUGAUGACCACCAACUCCGCAUUCACAGCAGUGACGGUGCUGGCGAUGUUGUCAUCCGUGGCGAUCGGUUCGUCGUAUGCACGGGUGCUCGGCCCUCUGUUCCCCCCGUCAUUGCAGAGAGCGGAGUGGACUUCCACACAUAUGAGACCAUUUUCAACGUGACAGAGCUGCCACCAUCCCUCCUCGUCAUCGGUGGGGGCCCAAUUGGGUGUGAGCUGGGACAGGCGUUUGCUCGCUUUGGGUCGCGUGUCACCAUUCUGUCUCGUCGGAUUCUGGCAAAAGAGGAUGAUGAUGCACGCGCUGUCAUGGCUCGGGUGUUUGCAGAGGAAGGCAUCGAGCACAUCUCCGCGCACGUGUCAAAGGUGGAGAACACCGAAUCAGGGCAGAUCAAAGUGACGGCCGAUGAUGGCAGUGAGAUUGUUGUUGACUCGCUUCUCGUCGCCGCAGGAAGGGCGCCCGUUGUUGAGUCGCUCAAUCUCCCUGCUGCGCGCGUGGAAUUUAGUGCGGAUGGAAUUGACACCAAUCAGUACCUGCAGACAUCGCGCAAGCACAUCUACGCAGCAGGGGACUGUGCUGGUUCGGAGCAGUUCACGCACUACGCGGGCUGGCAGGCGUUUAUGGCCGUGCGAAACUUCAUCCUGCCAUCCCACUCCCGGGGGAAGUCACACAUCGUGCCACGGUGCACCUUCACUGACCCCGAGGUUGCUUCCGUGGGGAUGACGGAGAAGGAAUUCACCGACACAUACGGAGCCAAAGGGCGCGUGUUCAAAUGGCCUCUCAGUAAGAUUGACAGAGCUGUCACUGAAGGCGAGGAGACGGCUGGGUUUUACAAAAUCAUGUUCACGCCGGACAACAAGCUGCGCGGCGCGUGCUUCGUGUGCCAGCGCGCAGGAGAACUCGUGAACGAAAUUGCACUCUGCAUGGCCAACGACAUCAAGGUUCCCGACCUUGGUAAAGCCAUGCACAAUUACCCGAGCUUCGGUGUUGGUCUCCAGCAGAUGUGCGCAGACGUUGCUGUGGAGGGGCUGCUGACUGGCCUCACAGGUCGCAUUGUCAACUGGCUCAAACGCACGUGACAAGUGUGUGUGUGUGUGCGUGCAUGCGAGUGUGUGUGUGUGUGUGUGUGCGUGCAUGCGAGUGUGCGUGCAUGUGUGCAUGUGUGUGCGCAUGUGUCCAUGUGUGUGUGUGUGUGUGUGCGUGCGUGUGUGUGACAGUUGCUUUGCCCGGUGCUUGUUGGACGUCACAACACAGUCACAAGUCACGACGUUCGUGUGCCCCUCCCCCUGUUUGCAGUAUUACCGCCAUUACCUGCGCUUUCUUUCACCUCUUCCUCGUCGUCACCCUGUUGCCUGUUACAUGUGCAUUCUGUUCACGGGGGCCCGAACGCAGUCAUGCCUCGAGUAAACGAACGUUUCUCACC